AUGUCGCAAUCGCUCCGACCAUACCUGCAAUGCGUGCGGUCAUCCUUGACGGCCGCCAUGUCGCUGUCCAACUUCGCAUCCCAAGCAUCCGAACGCCAUAAUGUCCCCGAGAUCGAAGCCCAAACCUCGCCCGAAGUCCUCUUGAAUCCCUUGACCGUCUCCCGCAACGAGAACGAGCGUGUCUUUAUCGAGCCCAGUGUCAACAGCAUCCGUGUCAGCAUCAGAAUCAAGCAGGCAGACGAGAUCGAACACAUCCUAGUCCACAAGUUCACCCGCUUCUUGACACAGCGUGCCGAAUCUUUCUUCAUUCUGAGAAGGAAACCCGUCAAGGGAUACGAUAUUUCCUUCCUCAUCACAAACUUCCAUACCGAGGAGAUGCUCAAGCACAAGCUUGUCGACUUCAUCAUUCAAUUCAUGGAAGAGGUUGACAAGGAGAUUUCCGAAAUGAAGCUCUUCACGUCCGACUUCAUGUUCCCUCCACCUCGCCGUCCAGGCGACCCCGUCGUCGCCGAGAUUUGGUCAAGCAUGGACCGCCGAAUCGGUGGCACACAAUGCCCUGCGUGUGAUUACAGUCCCACUCACAUCUUGGUUCCUUGCGAACACACUGUCUGCUACGACCACUUCUUACAACAUCCUGAGGNNGACUUUGCUGUGCGCUGUGCGCUGUGUUUGAAGCCUGUCACCGCGAUAUUUGAGAUUGACGAGGCCAACGAGACUACCAAUUCAAGCAUUGAAGAUCUGUCUGCUUGGACUCAAGGCUUACGACUGUCUCCCACAAGCACCAUCAACUCUAUCUGGGGCGGUCUGCUACCGACUCCGUCUCCCUUCCAGUCUCUUAACGCCAGUAUUGCCAACAUGCGUCACCCCACCUCGCACGGCUCUACUCCUCCACCAGUUGGAGAUGAGCAUCAACUUGGAGCUACGAACCGUGGCGUCAUCAACAACAACCACAACAUGAGUGCUACUCAGCACACCACCUCUCCACAGGUUGCAUCCGGCCAGAGCAUCCAGGGCCAAAACGAUCAGUCCCAGCAGUCGAAGCACACUCGCUUCCCUUCGUUCAACCCUGGCAGACCCGCUGGUGCGAACUUCCCUGAGUACGUCGCUGCCGGCCACGGCCACAAUGCCCCCUACCCGAAGCAUCCUUCGGUCAACCAGACUCAACAGCAUCCAUCUGGUAAUGGACACAACGAGUCGCAGAUCCAUGCUCCAAAGCCCAGCAUCUUCAAGCCAUCGCACGCAUUCCGUGAGCUUGCCACCCCCACCCCUGAGACCGAUAACUCUGAGGUUGCUUCCACUCAGCAGCAGUUCACCAGCGUGCCUGCACAGAUGCAGCAGGUUCCUGGUCCCAUCCAGCGCCCUGACCCCGCUUACGUUGAUCCUCGUCACAGAAGCUUGAUGUCGCCUUCGCGGAUGGAACGCAACUCGGCUGCACCCUCCAUGCCUGCCAUGAUGCGCGAAAUGAACAGUAUCAAUAACCAUGCUGGCUCCCGCGGUCAUGAAGCUGCUCACUCGAUGCGCGGCUCUAUGCCUCAGAGCUUCAACAACAUGCUCAAUGGUUUCACUGGCAGUGGUCACCUUAACAACGGCGCUCACAUGAACGGCUUUGCCAAUGUUCAGUAUCCAUACGACGCACGCUCGAACGGCUUCCAGACAAACCGCACCAGCAUGAACGCUCCUCACAUGAUGAACCAGCCUCAUACGACUGCCACCCAGAUGAAUGGUCCUCACUUCCAGACUGCCCACGUGCUCGGCUCUCAGAUGGACCGUCUUCAUAUAUCUGGUCAACAGAUCAACCCUCACCAGAUGACCGCCAGCAUGCCCAUUCACCGUGGCAUUCAUGCUCAGUCUGAUCCAUUUGUUGACGCUCAGCCACCUUUGUAUGGCAAUGGCGCCUUCAUGGCUGGGACCAACAACUACCAGCCUNUUGCCACUGCACCUCAAUCUGUCCUUCCUGCUACAGUGGGCAGCCCUGUCAGCAACCUUGGUCCUGCCUACACUUGGGGCCGCACUCCGCAGCAGUCCAACAACCCAGUCAACAUCGCCCAUCAGCCUCAGUCCAACGUCGUCCAGCAGCCGCAGACACACGCUGCUCGUAUGGCCGAGGCCAUCAGAUCUGGCGCCCUCCACCACAUGGACAGCAGAUCACCACCCGACGGUCGUGGCUAUCUCUCUCCUGGCGGCGAGAGCCCGGGCAAUGCGCUUGUCGUGCAGCAGCCUGUCAUCCGCAGCCAGGCUGUCAUGGCUCCCGAGGUGCGCCCCGACCCUGACUGGGUUCGUCCGGAGGACCGCGCUCUUCCUAACCUCGACGAGGUUUACGAGCACAUGCCCUUUGUUGACACGGCCGCCGAAUCACGCCCUAGCACCAACGGUGUCAUCAAGAUUGGCAACAUCCCUUAUGCCACUACCAAGAACGAAGUCAUCGCUGCCCUGGGUCGCAGCACCCGCAUUGCCUCUCAGCCCAAGGGCAACGCUUACUUCGCCAUUCACAUCAUUAUGGAACGCUCGACUGGCAAGACCAUGGAUGUCUAUGUCGAGCUGGACUCUGUCGACGAGGCCAAGGCCGCCAUUGCCAGCUUCCACCAGCGCUGCCUGAAUAACCGCCACCCUCGUAUCGGCGACCGUCAUGUCGAGAUUGAGCUGAGCAGCCAGGAGGCUCUCAUGAAGGAAUUGUUCCCUCGCGCCAAGUGUGUCAACUGGGACGGUCACACACCCGUUGUCUACUCCACUACCGAGGCAUACAACUCGGGCUUCCAGGGCUUUGUCACCAGCGAGGAGAUGGUCAUGAUCACCAAGCAUGCCGAGACUCCACAGCGCUCGCCUUUCGCCCAGCGUUGUGUCAACCGCACUUACGAGACCAUGAUCUCCAUCAUGCACAAGUAUCCCUGGCACGCCACCGAGCAUGUUACCAUUCGCGAGCGUAUCUCUCUUUUCUCCUGCGCCUUGAUUCAGCUGCGCGUUCUCAUGAGCGCCGUGAGCCGCAACAGUCACCCUCAGUUGCUGCACCGUGGUCUGCUGCAGGAAUACAUCACUGCCUGCCUAGGCAACCCCGGCUUCAGCGUCCAGCAGAAGACCUACAUGGUAAACUGCAUCACCAACGAGGGCUAUGGUGCUCUUCUUGGCAUGGUUCCCUUCACUCCUGUCGACCAGAUGACUGGCAGCUGGUGGGCUUUCGAAGCUCUGUCGAAGAACCCCAAGUCCUCUGAUUCGCUGCUUGCCUAUAUCAUUGCCCUUCUGAGCUCAGCCACCGACCCUGAUGGCGCUUUUGCUCGCAACGCCAUUGCUGAUGCCGACUCUUGCCUUGAGCUUCUCGAUCCUGAGAUGGCUUCUGGUUCUACCUUUGGCCACUUUGGCGUCAAGUACAAGAACCACAUGCAGAAGGACAUGCACUCGCUCAAGGAAGCUGCUGAGGCUGAAUGGCGUGCUGUCUACGGGGCUCUCAGCCGCGUUCUGCCCACCAACCGUGCUCUUACUUUUGGCGAGUCUCACCUUGUCAAUGGCCAGCAGGACACUGUUGAAGGCGCUGAGAGAGACAACACUGCCUUUGAGGGUGGUCAGGUUCUUGCUCUGCCUGGUCUUGAGCAGCGUCGCGAGGAUGCUUUGCUUGGUUAA